AUGCGGCCGACUUGCACUUCACAAGGAGCCUCUGGCGCGACUGCUGGCAGGAUCCUUGCGUGGCAAAGUGCCGAGAUUAUCGUCGCAGCAUGUGGCCAAUUGCCUUCUGACGAUUUCCCGCCUAUCACUGGCAUCCGAAGAGUUUGCAGCACUGCUGGCCGCGCUGCAGGCUCGGCUGUUGAGAAAAGAUGUGGAUUUCGAAGUGCAGCAACUGGACACGGCCUCAGCGCAUCAUGUACAAGUUGCGAGCGUUCAGCGCCUGCUCUGUAUGCGGUUUGGGCCCUUUUUCUGAUGAUCUCCCACAAGCCACAAGCUUUGGAUGUAAGUAGGCAUUUACCCCGCCUUUCUUAG